GCACAAGAUGGAGUUAUGAGAUCCACCUGGCAGGGGAAGGCCGGUCGCAGCCCACUCCAGGCCCUGUAUGAGAGUGACCAGUUUGAGCAGUCUUCACUGCAGGUGGUUCACCAGCAGAGACGAGAGCUGUUGAGCAAUGUCUGCAACCGUUACACCCGCAAGCGGCGUCUCCUGCGGCCGGAUGACUUGCGGCACUUGGUGGUGGAUGACACGCAUGGGUUGCUCUACUGCUACGUGCCCAAAGUGGCCUGCACUAACUGGAAGCGGGUGAUGAUGGUCCUGACGGGGCAAGGCAAGUAUCGGGACCCACUAGAAAUCCCCGCCAAUGAGGCCCACGUCUCAUCCAACCUGCGCACCCUCUCUGAGUACAGCAUCCCCGAGAUCAACCACCGCCUGCGCAGCUACCUCAAGUUCAUCUUUGUGCGGGAACCCUUUGAGCGCCUGGUCUCAGCAUACCGCAACAAGUUCACCCGCAGCUACAACACAGCCUUCCACAAGCGCUACGGGACCAAGAUCAUCCGGCGGCACCGGCAGGAGCCCAGCGACAAGGCCCUGGAGCGUGGGGAUGACGUGCGCUUUGAGGAGUUCGUCUACUACCUGCUGGAUCCACGGACGCAGCGGGAGGAGCCCUUCAAUGAGCACUGGGAGCGGGUGCACUCGCUCUGUCACCCCUGCAUUGUCCACUACGACGUGGUGGGCAAGUACGAGACCUUGGCCGAAGAUGCCAACUACAUCCUCCAGCUGGUUGGGGCCGACACGAGCGUCAAGUUCCCAUCUUCAUCCAAGACCACCAGGACAACGGACGACAUGACGGCCCAGUUCUUCCAGGACAUUAGCCCUUUCUACCAAAGGAGACUCUUUAAUUUAUAUAAAAUGGACUACUUGCUCUUCAAUUACUCCAUCCCCUCAUACCUCCGCAUCCGAUGA